AUGGCUGUUGCGGUUCUAGAUCACAACUUGGGUAGUGAUUACCCCUCAAAGAGAAUAACUGAGGGGGGGAGACCCCUUAACUGCAAGCACGUGUUUGUUCAAACUAAUAGUGGUUCUGUCCCAGGCAUUGAACUAGAGCCAGGAGAAAAUGCACACACGGUUUUGAACAAUGAUCUCAGCUAUGUUCGAAAUGACUCACCAUUGCUUCUCACUAGAAAUCACAUGCAUAGAAGCUGCUCCACACCUUGCCUAUCUCCUAAAGGAAAAGAAUGUCAGCACCAUGAUCGGAGUAAAGUUAUUGAAAUCCUAGGCUGUUCAAGCCCUUCUGCUGCAGUGAAGGAGUUGGUUAAGGAUAUCAUCAAGGGAAUUACAAAUGGUGUUGACCCAGUGGCUGUUACUGGGGGAAUGGGAGAUGAGGAACCUUGUGCUCCAAAUAAUCCUAAAGGUUUUGUGGGGAAGACUCUUGGGCAGCCAGGCCUCAAAAGAUUUGUACGGGUUGAUGAGACAGGAUUUCGGGAGGUCGCUGCAUAUCUCCUUGAUCACAAGAAUUUUGCAGGAGUCCCUCUUACUAUGUUAGUGAAAGUUAACCAUAUCAGGAACCUUGACAAUGGAUCUAGCCAUUUUGAAGCUCAAACAAAACUUAUUCCCAUUGAUCAUGGUAUAUGUCUUCCAGAAAGUCUGGAAGAUCCUUACUUUGAGUGGAUUCAUUGGCCACAAGCAUCUAUUCCUUUCUCUAAAGAAGAACUAGAGUAUAUCAAAGAUUUGGACCCUAUAAAGGACGUUGAAAUGCUUCGCAUGGAGCUGCCCAUGAUUCAUGAGGCAAGUCUUAGGGUGUUGGUCCUCUCAACAAUAUUUCUCAAGGAAGCUGCAGCUUCUGGCCACUGCUUGUCAAAGAUAGGGGACAUGAUGAGCAGACAGUUUACCAAAAAAGAAGAGGAGCCAAGCGUGCUUGAGGUUAUGUGUAUGGAAGCAAGGAAUUGGGUUAAGGAGAUAGAAUUGCUUUUUACAAGAAACAGACUUUGA